CUUUCUCAUUUUGUUAGCUGCUAUAAGUUUUAAUCCAUAUCUAACUGUAUUUGGCUGACAUAAUUCUUCAGUUAAUACUUUAUAGGCGAUUCUUUUUCUCUUACAGAAUAGUUUUUCUUUCCCAUUUACUAGAGAAUUCGAUAACCCAUUUCUGUGAUAUCCUUGAUUUAUUUUGUGAAACUGCUUUGAUUCCUGUAUUACAUUCUGUUCGGAUUCUGUUACGAUCCAUUUGUCAACAUGUGGGAUGCUAAUAUGAGGUAUCCCAUAUCGGUAGAAUGGGAUGCUGUGUUGUGGGGUAUAAAUGUGCGUGGGUUCCCUCCCUCUAACAACUAGCUUUUAGGGGUGAAUUCUCCUAAGUCACGUAUCAAAUGGUAUCAGAGCCUACACUAUGCCUCCCAGCCUCCCAGUUGCAAUGGUGCGGCGCAGGUGGUGACGUUGGUAUUGCAGUGUUCGGCUGGGACUAGGUGGACUAGUGAAAAGCCAGCCUGCGUGAGCCUCGGGACUGCGGAAGCGUGGUGGGAUGUUACGAUCCAGUUGUCUUAUGUUGGUAGUAUGGGAUGCUGUUGUGGGGUAUAUAUGUGCUUGGGUUCCCUCCCUCUAACAGCUAGCUUUUAGGGGUGAGUUCUCCUAAGGCACAUAUCAGAUUCUUGCCCACAUUGUUUUUGUACAGAUUCUUUACAUGAAUUUUGUACAUGGUUUAAGUGGUCCAGAUAACUUUGCUCUAUUUCAGCUUCUUGGGUCUUCGAGGAAAAUUUUGUUGGCUACUUACCCAUUUUAACAUAAUUUUGGCUAUUUACUUGCUACUGACAUGAAAACUUUUGUGUUUGUGUGCACGCAUGUUUACGUUAGGAGGGGUUUGAUGUUGAGCUAAAUAUCUGCUAUAUUGGAACUAUGUACUUCAUGGGAGAUUGAGAUUUAAUAUGAUUGUUGACAGUCAAACACAAUUGGUUCAACAGAGGAGGCUUGACACCUCUGUGCAUUGAAGAUGUGCUGGUUGAAAUGUAUAAUACUGGUGAAAUCUUACGUACUGGAGAUCUUGGGGAUCCAACCAGUGGACGUCUCUCCCAAUUGUUUAGAAGAAUGUCACAUUUGAUGGGCAUAUUGAGAUCACCCACUCCAAAAGAAAUUUUUGAAGAUCGGUUCAUCCUUAAGACACUACUGCAGGAAAGAGCUGCUGAGGUUGUCAUGCUUUUAUCUGAGAACCAUUGGACUUCAUUUUGUAUUGUUACAAUGGAGAAAUUCCAUAGAAUUUGUAAAGGAUCCAGUGAAGCUUCUGCAAUCUUGGGUUACUUAUCAGAUUGUGGAAAGGCACUAUACCUCUCGAUCAACAAAAAGGAUCUCAUCGAGGGUGUCAAAGUUUCUCUUGUGCCAGCGGUAGUUCCUAGCAUCUCAAGUCUUGAUUGCGAUGUUUUGCACUUGAUUUGGACCACAGAAAAACUUCAGCAACAACUUGAUGCAAUUGACCAACGUUAUGAAAUGUUAAGAAAAUCAGCAUUAACUUCCCUGAAGUCUAGGGACAAAAAGGCUGCAAUCAGAUAUGCAAGGCAGUUGAGAUUGACCACUGAAAGCAGAGAAAAGUGUGCUUCUCUUUUGAACCGAGUGGAGGAAAUCCUUAGUGUCAUAGCAAAUGCUGAAUCUACAAAGAAGGUUUCUGAAGCUAUCCAAAUUGGAGCUCGAGCAAUUAAGGAAAAUGGUGUGAGUGUGGAAGAAGUCCAACUUUGUCUCCAAGAGCUUGAUGAGAGUGUCACCUCACAAAAACUGGUGGAAGAAGCACUAGAAUCAACUGCACUUGAACAGACAGGCGUUGAGGAUGGAGAUGUUGAAGAGGAGUUCAAGAAACUGGAGUUGGAACUUGCCAAUGAAACCCAACAAAUAGCAGUGCCUGAAAAAAUUACUGUCAGUGAUUUGACAGCAACAACUGAAUCACUAAGCAAUGCUUUAUUAAAUCUCAAGUUGGUAGAUAGUGCUGAAACGGAAGCUGAGAAUCAGGAAUCUGCUUUACCAGUGAGCAACAAUUUGCCCAAUCUCAUGCUUGAUGCUGCGUAGAUAGUUUUGAAGAAAACACCAGAGGAUGCUUUUGGAGUUAAAAAGCAUACAAAUGGUACAUAAAAGGCAACAGUGAUUGUGAAACCAUAACCACCAGGGGUAUCAAACUAUCAUCAGAAGGAUGGUGUGGAAUGGGCGAUCAACCAUUCGUUGCAGUGAUUAUCUUAAAAGCAUCCACGGAUUUAUGUGUUUAAAUGACAAUUGGAGUAUUAUGGCAUAUUUGCGGAGGGCUACCUGUUCUUGAACCUACAAGCCUAUUCUUCAUGAUUUCUUGGGGUGCUUAAGGGACUUUACCUGUGUCUCUUUUCAUCAUGUGCGAAAAACUGAUGAUUCUUUAUCCCGUGCGUUAGCAACAUCAUGUCAUGAUUUGGAUGUUUUUCAAGUCGAACUCUGUAUUAAUCAAUUUGCUUUGAUGAAACUGUGUUCAUUACUAAUGGGACAAACCAACUCCCCCUGUUCAUUAGAAAUUUUUCGCCAAGGGAGGCAGAUACAGAGAUUUAUUAAGAUGCAACGUAGAGAGUGGGUUGCCUGAAA